UGCUGCGUCGCACGAUAACAACAAUCAUAAUAGAUAUAUCUCUCGUCCGACGAACACUUAAUGAACAAAUACGCGAAACGAUAACAAGGCAAAACAAAAUUAUUAAUAUUGUCCUGGCUAAAAAUUAAUUAUUAGUAUAUGAACACAGUGCGCUAGAGGGUUGCAUUUAAGGUUGCAAAGUAAAGUUUGUUGUGUAUAGUGUAAGAGACCAUGGCAGAAAAAACAAAAUUCGAAGACUUGGAAGGGCUGAUUAAAGGUACUAUUAAAGGAGAAUUAAUUGAACAAUCCGCCAAAUAUUUAUUAGAACCUGGUGAGAAUUAUGGCAGUGUCAUGUACAAAGUAGAUUUUAAGGUAAACGAUGAUGGAAAAGUGAAAGAAUACCAUGCGGUGGCGAAAUGCACACCUUUAAACAAGGUGACCCAAGAAAUGUUCAACAUUCAAGUUACGUUCAAAGCCGAAAUAGGCUGGUACACAACGGUCGUACCAGCCUAUCAACAAUUUCAAAAUGACCAAGGAGCAAAAUCGGAGAUAAACUUUUUUCAAAAGUUGUACGGCAGCCGGAUUAACUUACAGCCAGAGAGCGACGUAGUGGACGAGGACGGUGUCAUUUUAACUGAAAAUUUAACGUGUCUAGGUUAUAGGAACGUGGACCGUCAUAAAGGAUUUGAUUUAAACGCAACUUAUUCGGUACUCAGAGAUCUUGCUGCUUUUCAUGCAAUACCCUUGGCAAUAAGGCUUAAAGAUGGAAAUCUGUUUGAAAAAAAAGUUGCUCCAUAUUUUUCCAAUUUUGUUAUGGAUCCCAAAUUGUGGACAGACGUGGCUAAAAUGGUAUUAGACAUUAUUGACGAAAUACCAAGCUGUCUAUAUUUGAAGGAAAGGAUAAGGCAAAACGUAGAAAACGCAAAACCAUACGAACCACAUUAUUCCGGCGAUGGUGUUUGGAAAACAGUCAUUCACAAUGAUUUUUGGUCCAACAACGUAAUGGUUACCGACGACGAAGAUCCAAAAACCAUUAUAUUGGAUCUUCAGGUGCCAAAUAUGGGUAAUCCAGCAAUGGAUGUAAUUUUUUUUCUUCUAACGUCGGUCAGUCUAGACGUAAUUACCGAUCGACUAGAACACUUUAUUCACCACUACUACGUCACAUUUAUUGCAAAACUUACUGAAUUGGGAGUCUCAACUGACAAAUAUAAAUAUGUAGAUUUUCUGAACGAAAUCGAUAGAAAUGCAACAAAAUGGGAGUUCAUGCAUGCGUUAUGUCAUACUCAAAUAAUUAUGAAUGACAAAGGAGAAUCUGAUUUUGACAGUAGGGAUGUCGAUUUUAAAAUGGAGGACAUUGAUUUUCAAGUGAAAUUAACGGACAGACACAAAAUCAAAUUUGAAUCGAUCAUUUUAGAAGCGGCUAAAAGACAUUGGAUCUAAGUUAAAGAUUACCAUUGACCGCGGUAUUGUAUAUUUAUAAACUUUAUAUUAGAAACAGAAAUUGCGGAAAUAAUUUCAGUUGUUUUAAAUGUUAUUGUUAAUUAUUAUUAUUAUUGUUAGAAUGAGCUUAAAUUUGGUAUGUUAGUAUACGACAUAAAUCAGCAUUGGAUCUAAGUUAAAAAUUACCGUUGACCGCAGUAUUGUGUGUGUAUACUAAGGGCUUGCAAAGGUUAGUCUUGGGUCGAGAUUUCCGUAUGUAAGAAGAGUACAAUGCCUUUAUAAUGUACUGAACAAAGAGAGGACAGUAAACACGUUGCCAAACGUAUGAAAUAAACCGAGAAA